UCUGUACUCUGCUCGGACCCCAUGAUCCAAGAAAGUUAUACAUGCAGUACUAUACUAUACUGUAGGGAGCUAGGAUGGCCUCAUCUCCAAGCAACAGAGAUCGCGAGCUGCUGAAGGCUGCUGGAGGGGCUGAGCGACCCAGAGAGCUGCCAGUCAGUGGCCUCAUGGAGUUACUACUGCACAAAGACUCAGCUGGAGCCUGGUCACAAUCUAAAACUAAAGAAGCUCUUUUAGCGUUUGUUACCUCAUCACCUUCUGAGAGGAAAGACGUCUUCUUCAAAUCGAGUGAUCUCCACUCCAUAACCAGCUUACUGGUGCAGGCCCUACUCUCCCAGUUCAGUGAGGCCUUUGUCGACACUGGGCCCAGCCCUCGGGUCAAGGAGAGCUCUUCUCUGAAGGAGUUCCUCACUGAAGACUACACUGUGCUGCUGCUACUCUCCAUCCAAAUCACUUCUCAUCAGGUUGACUCCACCUACCCGGAAUUAGCCGAACUCCUACUGGUGGUCCUCAAGACAUUGCUGGCUAAGUCAUGUGACUUCACAGUAGACAAGGAUUCACUGUUGGGUCUAAUCCCGUUCUUCAAGCUGGUUGUCAGCAAGCCUCUCUCUUCAUGCUACGCCUUCACUGCCCCCACCUUCCUGAGCCCCCCCACACAGCACACAGACAGCUCACAACCCACCACCUCUAACUCAUCCACCGGCAGUUCCUCCUCCGAACUGGACCAGCCAAAACCCAUCACUCCCAGUGAAGACAUUGAGCAACUGUUACGAAUGGUGAAGCAAACUACGUCCAAUUUCAAAGAAUCUCUUUCUGAGAGUAUGCUCUACACUCUGUUACUGUCUAUUUUAGAGGGCGUCACCAUUAAAGCAAGCACUAGAGGAACCACACAGAUCUCUUCCACCAUACACCUCCUUCAAGGCAUCACGACUUUCUUCGAAGAGCUCAUAUCUCUCUGGCUACAAGCUUACAAUGACGGCAAUUCUAAGAAGAUUGAUGCUUACAAAGGCACGGUGCAAAUUGCCAGGAUAACGCUUCGGUUUUGGUUGGUACUCUCCACACAAAUUUUGCACAGCUCUCUCUCAACACAGCAGAUAGCUGAAGUGAAGCCUCUUCUAUCAUUCCCAUUUGCCUCAGUGUCCCAGGCGUGUUUCAAUCUCCAACAGGCCGGGCUCUUCAAGGGACACGAGAUUCUCGAUCAGGAGUUCACACUCAUCAUACUCGAAUCAUUCUUCUCUUCGUUGUUUGCUGCCAAUAUCUGUGCUAUUGUGCCGAUAUGUUCCGUGGACGACUUCUACGAGGUGCUUAGAGACACUUUAACUGAUGGCAGUCACGAAUGGUUUACUUACAUCUGCUCAAAACUCCACGGGAUAACAGAUAGUUUGGAACAUCUCACCGAUCAAGAAAAUCCCCUACCAAUUAACGAUCAACAAUCGUCAAACUGGCCCCUGAUACUCGACUACUCGUUUGAAACUCUCUCUCACAUUUUGAAAGAACUGAUUGCUAUCUCCUCCCACAUCCAGUCCUGCCAAAAAGCGUCCAAACUGGCCCUUACAUCAAGCUACGAAGAUGUCAACAAUCGACUCGUCAUUCCGUUCCUCAAACCGGUGGUGUACAGUCUGGAGGUGGCUACUGGUCUCGAUAAGCUCACUCAGCGAUUGAGCAAAGUUGCAAAGCUCCUUCUUUCAACGUUCAGAUCGGUACCACUCCUGCAGCUGCUCUCGCUCCAGCUGCUAUCGGAAACGGCCAAAGACACGGUCGGCACAAUCAGUGACUUUCUCACAAGUUUCGCUGAUUUAUCUGUUCGCUCCAACGUAGAAAUCCUCGAUCUCUAUCUUGAACUGCUUGAAAACGUUUGGUUUCGACUGCCCCCCGAUUAUCAACCCCCAGCAUCUUCCCCGUGGUGGAAGAAACUGUCGAAUUACUCUGUGCUUCUGUUGGAGUCAUCUCAAGAGAUUGUCUGCCAGGUUAUAUACCAUCUACAGUGUCUGUUUGGGCACAAGUCCUCGAUGUUGAAAUCGCGAUUGACUCAAUUUGUAAUAAUUCCGUUUCAUCAGCACCUCACUUCGCUAGUUAAGGAGAAAUGUUACAGCAAGAAGCCGUCAGACAAUAGCACUUCCCCACCUAAGGAGUCAUUUGAUCAAGAAGCAACGAUUGAGAACAAAGACAAAGUGAUCAUUGUCCUCUUCAUGAAAUUAUUAGCGAAAGUCAUGUCAAGUUCUACCAGUCUUGGCAAGUUUGCCUCGGAUAGUUCGAAUCUCUACUCCCUCUUUCUCUACCUCCCAUUACCCGAGUUCCGAGCACCAGCCCUGGCCGUUCUCGAAGAGUGUCUUCGUACCCUGAAGAAGUCUAGUAUCGGUGCCUCCUCUCCGACCAGCGAAAGAGCUGACACACCAGAAACUGAAGACACAGGAAUACUCAAUACCGUCGUGCAGAUCUUACUCAGACUGGCGUUCUCAGUACAGUUGGACAAAAUUCCUGAACAGUGCUUAUCGAUUGCCGAUGGAAAAGGAUCGCUGCAAGUGUUUGGGCUAAGAGAAGCCGAUCAAAUGGAACAAGUUGUGAGGAAUAUAUUCGAAACCAAGCCGAUCAAGGAACUAUUGGUACCUUCAUUUGUACGCCAUCUUGCUGUCAUCGCUGAUAUCUGGAACAUUCUAAGCAACUUGGCCAUUAGCGACAGCCGUACAAUGAGAAUUCUAAAUUCAAACCACGUGUGGGACGUCAUCCAACACUCUCUUGCCCCGUCCCUGGCUAGCCUCCUCUCCCGGCUACAGCAACGGUUGUCACGGGAACAGGAUGCAGUUGGACUGGACCUGACAUCGCUGGAAUCGCUGAGGGAAAAUGGUCUGACCCUCAUGGCCCAUCUUCUCACUCUGGCACACUACCUCUGCUGGAAGAAGAAAGACCUCAAGCUGUUUGAGGUGCUCUGCAAUGAGAUACAGAACUCACUGGUUGGGGGAAACGUGUUCUCAGUCGCCAACGGUCACCGAUACUGCACUGCUCUACUCAAAGCCACCUGCUGUUUCUCUCAAUUGUUAUCGUCCUCUGAGGACUCAAGUCCGGGCAAUUCAACCUCCUCACUUUCACAGCCUCACAGCCUCACAGGUCACACCUCCCCAUCACACCACCAGCCCCCGUUCACGUCCACACCUGCCUCUGCGCCCACCCUCGUAGGUCAUAUGAUGAACGACAGGCGAGCUCUCAAAACCACCGCUGAAGUAACUCCAGACUCCUCCACAAGAAACGAAGAUGUCAACCAGACUAGUAGAAACAAUCGCCCACCUCGAAGUCAAGGCAUACCAAUUGCGGGUGCUCAAUUUUCACAACGACGAUCGUCAGGAAAGCGUGGCUCAAUGGCUAGUUCCGGAGCAGGGAGCUUUAACCCUUUUGGCACCAGCGAGGGAAAGUUUGGGUCGUUUAUGAGGAGUGGAACUAUUUUCAACUCAUCGUAUGGUAGUUCUGCCAACAGCUGGUCUAUUUGGAACGCCAGCAGUAUGGAGGCAGGUAGCCACGUUCCUCCUGGUUCCUCCUUCAGGAGCUGGUUCUGGGUCGACAAACCAGAGGGCUCGGAUCAGUCGGUUUUUCCCCCAGGCUAUGAAGCUGACGGAGAGCACGACCAGAGAGCGGGCACUGAGAUUGGUGAGAGUUGUGACGAACAUGAGCUGAGCAGUCAGGUGAUCUUCCCACCGUUCCCAGCUUGUUUCGUACCCGUUGAGGUCCGACAGAGGCUCUGGUCCACGGUACCGCUAUAUCAGUGUAUCAACCUGCUCAAAGAGAGCAUUAAGGCGGGGCUAACGUCUAACCUUGAAAAGUGUGUGGAGGUGUUCCUGCAUCAGCUGUGUGCUCUGCUGAAGGCUGACCAAUACAACGUCAGUCUGCUCUCUGGCAAGGGUCUCCUUGACACUCUCUUGGACACACUCUCCCCUCUACUCAACUCGGGCUCAGAGAGAAGCAUCACGUUGUGCCAGCUGCUGUGUCAGAUCUCCGAGGUGCUCGGCUGCUAUCAAGUGUCCUCCAGUGAGACGAGGAAACUGUUCCUCAAGCUACAGGCAUCCAAGGCUCAUCUCGAAAACUUGUGUGGGCUACUGUAUUCUGUCGCUGAAAGCUCUGCCCAUUCCCCCCAACCCUCUGCAUUUGUCCAGUUUUCGUACCCCCAGCCCUUGGAUGAGUUGAGCCCUCGGCACUUCCUGUCCGUCCCUUACUUCACUUCCUGGAAAGCUUACAACAGAGCCAUCUCCAUGUGGAUAUGCGUAUCUCGAUACCCCCUCCAGGCGUGGCUCCACUUGUUCUCCGCCUUCACUGGAGACUGCUUCCUGCAAGUCUGGGUCUGCACUAUCAGUGGUGACCUCAUCAUUAGAUUGUGUGCGACCAUGGAUCUCACAUUUUCGCCGCAGAGCUCCAAUUCUCAAUCGGUGACGCUGGGAAGUGUGGUCCACCUCGGCAAGUGGCAGCACAUCGUCAUCAACAUACUGCCCGCCUCCAUGGAGCCAGUCUACAAGUUGAUGGUAGUGCUGGAUGGUACUGACGUGUUUCGAGAGAGUGUCAAACUCCCCGUGUUCAACGCCAUGUUAACCAACAACCAGGAGCAGUACUAUCUGGCCGGUGGUGCUGUGAGUCCCCACACUCGUAAGAAACACCUCUCUCUCGUCAGUGCCGACAACAUUGCCCUCGAGUGGAAGCUGGGCUCUCUCUCAGUACUCAAUGGUUUCUCCAACCCGAGUAUGGCUAGUCUGCUGCACAGCCUGGGGCCAGACGUUGCCUCCAGCAAUCAGCAUAUGGUGGACAGUCUCAUAGAGUGCUGUCACUUUGGUUACCAGGACAACAGUCAGGGUGACUCCAGCAUUAUCGUCUCACCACCUGUGUCUACCGAGGAGAGGGCUAGACUACUAGAGACCCCGAUCCUCUCCUACUCGGCGUUUGACCCCCACCGAGUGUUCUUGACGGCUUACAAGGCCACAAGGGAAGACGAGGUCCCCUUGGAGGUCACCCACGUUCACCAGCUACAGUGGGUGACCUCCGCUAAUGCAGUGACACGCCCACAGUUACUAGAUAUGAUCCAGAUUGUCGUCGGGAUUGAACAGAUUGUCUAUCUCUAUGCAAAGCUUGUGAGUGAGGGCUGCCAUGAGGAUGUGCAGGUGAGGGUCUUGUCUCUCCUCCACCUGGCAACGGAGCACUCGGUGGUGGCAGCUGUUGAGUUUGAGCAGCAGGGGGGCAUGUUGCUCAUUCAGCAGGUGAUGAGGACCCCUCAGGCAGUCGUUGGCGAGAAAAUUAUGAAGACAAUGCUCAGGUGGUGUUGUGGCUCGGAGCUGUGUCAAGUGAAGGUAGUGUCAGUGUUACGGCACAUCCUCCUUGACUGGAGGGUGUGGCACAAGGCAGAGGAAGGGGUGUGGUCUCAGCUGCUCGGAGAAUUAGAGAAGCUCCUCAGCCACGACCGCUACGGGUCCCUCAACAGAGAUCAGUUUGCGAGAGCUGGAGCUAUUAAGCUCAUACUGCUCACUACCAAGGACCGUUCCCUGGACAGUCUACCCGCCCUUCCCCCACCCAUUACCGCCCACUUUGUCCGGCUGUGUGAGUGCCUACUCGGCAGUCCCCCCGAUCAAGAAUGUCUCCGUUACAUCAGCGACAACCUCCUUGUCUCAGACCUCAACGAUGUUAAAUUUGUCAAUCCACCCGGAGCCUUUGACACGUCCAUCACCAUCUUUGAUGGACGAACCCCAUCUUCUCUCUCACUCCGCCCCAUAUCUAAGAGCUCCAGUGACGGGGCCAUAGGGGGUGUGCUGGGCUCCCCCCUCUCCCCCACUAGCUCAGGGACCACUCUCAUGGUGCUCUCUGAGACUUUUAACCUCUCAGAGGAAGAGCCGGAGGAGAUGAUAGCAUUUGAUACUCAACCUGUUGCCGGGAGACUACCCAACUCGUCAUACAGCUGGGAGGACAACCUGUUCACGUGGACAGACAUCACUGGCCAGUUGCCAAUGAAAGACGGAGAGUUGCUGGAUGAGAUCCCGGCGAGCCUGGAGGUGGGGCUUUUGGGUGUGGUCAGACGGCUCAUCACCCUCCUACCAGACCAGCGGGUACGACAGGUUGUAGGUCAUUCCCUCCAGCACGAGGCUCUGGUUGCCAUUGCCUACAACAAGAAUAUUGUCGUGAGAACGGCUGUAGUCAGGGUUCUCGACGAGUAUUUCAAGAGGGGUGAGGCAAUGAGGAGCAACUUUGUGCAGGUGAAGGGUUUCAAUCUCCUUGCCAACCAACUCAAACAGUUCAACGUGUCUCACGAGCUCAUGAGUGCCUUGGGCAGUAUUGUCGUAGGACAGGACAUUAGUCUCACGAAAGAGCCGCUGAGUAUCUACCUACAAAUCCCCCGCCAGCUGUCGGGGUUCCACAUGCAUGCUGUGAUCCCCAUGAUCCAGGUGGUGGUCAACUCCAUCGGCCAACCACAGCUGUGUCACACCACUCUCACUUUCAUCAGAGAGCUGUUUGAGACGGUGAAGGGCAUGCCUCUCUUCAUGCUCAACAAUGGCCUAUUGAAAGUCAUCUGUCAGCUCAUCUGCAUAGUAACUGACCACGCCCGCCUCUCGAUAGAGGAGAAGGAGCUCUUGCUGACUGAUGCACUACAGCUGUGCAAACUGGUUGUCAUAUUUGCUAUUAGUGCUGACCAGGAGGAGUCCUUCCGUAUGAUGGAGAAUCUGCUAGUGUGUAUCCGCCAUUGCUCUGAGCUCCGUCGGACCAAGGACCCCUCAGCCCUCUCUGUCUCUUACCUCCACCUCUACCAGUACCACAUUCUGACCAUAGCAUUGCGCUACUUCCAAGAAGAUCUGCAAGGAGGUGUGGCCAGGGGUGUGGCUAAUGGACAUGGGGACCACCGUAGCUCCACAACUGGGAGGAGAUAUGUACCUACUCUCUCAUCAACUGAUCAGAUCCCAGGGCAAGCAGACUUGAACAACCGGUUUGUGACAACCAUGAACUCUGCGGUGGACUGGGUCAUGCAUGGAAUAGAGUCAUUCACUUCUGCACAUGCUCAGUAUUUCACUGACGACGACAACAUUGUUGCCAUGCCGGCGAAUAUAUCACUGAGUGAUGAUAUCACCAUUCCUGAUAUGGACGUAACGUUUACUAAAUUUCUUAUCUCGUACUUCCACAAACUAUGGUACGGAGGAGCUGCUCUGAAGUCGGGGACACUCUCCUCGGGGGCCUCCCUGGAACAUAGGUUUUCACUCAACUGUCGAAGUCAGCUCAAGGACCAGUUUAGUCGCCUUGUCAACCACCUUGUGUCCUCUCGCCAUGACGACCGUAUCCGAUGUGCUGUCCUUCGCUUGUUCUGGACACUCCAGGAUGCAAAGAACCUCCUCAACCACCUCCUCGACUCAACCAUCAGGAAGAUUCUUGCCUAUCGUCUAAUCCUGAUGAUCACUGAGCUGCUGAAACAGAGCCCACCUCACCUCGAUGGAGAACUACAGGAGACCUUUGAUGGUGUGUUUCACACCGUGGUCAACAGCGGUGUGACCAAGCUCAAGCCGCAGACCAAACUGGCCCCUCUCCUUGGGUACGAGGGAGAGAGAGACUUAAAGAAGAGACAGAAGUACUCGUCCCUACUGGAGGACAUGAGAGUGAAUGACCAGAAUUUCUUGUCUCGAGUGGAGUUUGACACAAAAGGAUUUGCUCAGAGACAAGUCAAUCAAUAUGGAAGAUUGGUUGAGAAGGCCCGGCAUCGUCAGCAGGCCAUCGACCAAGCCUCGGCAACGGUCACAGAACGGAUCUUCCUUCAACAGAGCAUUCUAAAGAGGAACUUUUUGGACGAGAUCUCACUGGCUGGUAUGAGAGAGAGGGACUCACUGCAGCACUGGAGGAGGGUCAUUCAACUCAACACACACCCCAGGGCGCUGUGGAGUGGUGACGAGGGUCGUCAGAUGUGCUGGCAGCUGGAUCCCACCGAGGGUCCGGGGCGGGUCAGACGGAGGCUUAUGAGAGUACCGAGGGUGACCAAUGAGAGACACCUCCUCCCAGAGGCUGUCAAGUCACCCAACAAGUACACAGACGUCAGCCCACUGUCGUUUAUCUUCGAGAACACUGCGUAUUAUGCUAUGGAGGGACUGCUCAAGAAGUUUGUGCCCAAGGAUGGAGAGGUGGUGCUUAACAACAAUAUGCCCUGGAGCUGCUCCAGCAUCAGCCCUGACAACUGUUGCCAGGGAAAUCUCAUAAUCUCUAAUAUCUGCUGUUAUUUCAUUGGUAAUGAGCCACUGGGGGACCCGAACAUCACAAAGGUCCUCCCAUCAGACGAGGAGACCACCCUCCUCUCCUGGGAGCACACCAAGAUCGUCGAGAUCCAUCAUCGUCGUUACAUGCUACAGAACAAUGCCCUAGAGAUAUUUCUGAUCAAUGGCAAGACCAUGCUGUUGUCAUUCGAGAGCACAAAGGAUCGUGAGGCAGUCCGGGCGGCUCUGCUGCAGCUGGACCUGCCCAACCUGGUAGACAGGGGAGAGCAAGAGAGCGAGAAACUCAAGCGGAUCACAAUAAGUUGGCGCCAAGGAGAGACCACCAACUUUGAGUAUCUGAUGGAGCUCAACAAGCUGGCAGGACGGACCUUCAAUGACCUCAUGCAAUACCCAGUGUUUCCAUGGAUACUGUCAGACUACAAGGGCAAGCAGCUGGAUCUCAAGAGUCAUGACUCAUUCAGGAAAUUUAGCAUUCCCGUCUCUGUCCAAGAUGACAGAAAGAUCAAGAAAUAUCAAGACACAUACACUUUUCUGGAUACUGAGUGUCGCAACGCCAACAGCUCGGCCCCUGGACAGCCCAAUCAGACGUCCAAACCUUACCACUAUGGUUCCCACUACUCAAACAGCGGCAUAGUCCUCCACUUCCUGGUACGAUUGCCCCCCUUCACCGACAUGUUCCUCGCGUUUCAAGGGCGGAACUUCGACAUAGCUGACCGCACGUUCCACGAACUCUCCACGACAUGGUGGUUGUCGUCUUAUGAAUCAUCCACCGAUGUCAAAGAGCUUAUUCCUGAGUUCUUCUUUCUCCCUGAGUUCCUCGAGAAUAGGGAGAGGUUCAACUUUGGUGAGCGUCAGACUGGAGAGGUGGUGGACAACGUGCUCCUCCCACCCUGGGCCAACUCCAAUCCCCGACUCUUCAUCCUUAAACACAGACAGGCACUGGAGAGUGAGUUCGUGUCCCAGAACCUCCACUCUUGGAUUGACCUGGUGUUUGGCUACAAGCAGACCGGAAAGGCAGCCGUUCAAGCACUCAACGUCUUCCAUCCUGCAACAUACUAUGGAGCUGAUGGUAUUGACAUAGAAGCAGUAACUGAUGAAACACAACGUGCCGCCAUGAGAGCCAUGGUCAAGACGUACGGACAAAUGCCCCUGCAGCUGUUUCGAGAACAGCCCCACUCACCCCGAACAAAGUCGACCGUCCUUACUGGCUUUAGAAUGCGAUUGGGCACAGCUUUAAAGAGACUCACCUCCAACUCUCCUCUCUUAAGAGUAAACAGUCAGUACUUCUGGAUGCUCAUCUCCAUGCACAAAGUCAAAAACACCUAUUCCAGUUCCGACUGUGAUUUUAUCGGGGCGCAAGGGACUCCGGACAUGCAGCUGUCUUAUUUGGGGUUGGGGGUGGACAAUAAGAGCCCCGAGAAGUUAGUGUACAUGGGAGGCGGGGAAUUGAUAGUAAUUGGACAAAAGGUUCUGUAUAUUCAGAGUUCCUCACCCUCUAACUCAACGUUGCUGAUUCAAUGGGGCACUUGGGACAAUUCUAUCCUUGUGAGAUCUACGGCCAAUGAUAGUGUCGUGGUCAGACUUCCCUCGCACCCUCUCAAUAAGGUGACGUGCUGUGAGUGUGUGUGCAACGGUCAGAUGGUGGUGUCUGGUGGAUCCACAGGAAACGUCUCUUUCUGGACUAUCGAAAACACAAACCAGAGCCUCUCCUACUACGGGGAGGUGGUUCACCUGCGAGGACACGAUGGUGCGGUCAAGUGUCUGGCAGCCUGCAAACCAUUCAGUAUAUUGGUCACAGGUAGUGUGGACAAGACAGCCAUCAUCUGGGACACUAACAGACUGAGCUAUGUGAACUCUCUGAAAGGCCAUGAGGGACCAGUGACUGUCAUCGCCACCAGCCCCACUCUUGGGGACAUUGCAACUGUCUGCGUCUGCAAGACACACAAGCAGUCCACACGGAUGGCAUCAUCGUGCAUGCUUCGGCUGUGGACAAUCAAUGGGAAGCUGAUAGACAGGACCCAUGUUGAGGUCAUGGUCCAUUGCCUCUCCUACACAGCAGCCCCUGAGGGUCUCUACAUCAAUGCUCUCAUUGGAGGACUUGCAAAUGGAAACAUCAGAUUCUGGAGCUCGUGGGAUCUGUCAUUGCUGAGAGAGAUACUCUGUCCACUGAGCAGCCCUACCCCGGUCCUCAGUCUGGCCAUCAGCUCAGACAACAAGGAGUUGUAUGCUGGCUAUAGCAACCAGCAGAUUGCUGCCUGGGUCAAGUUAAAGCACGAUACAGGCACUCACACAACACAAGAGGGAGAAUUUGAGCACUUGAAUAUGGACAAUUACUAUAACCAGACAAAGUUUGUUAGAUGAGACUUUCAAUCGCCCGCUUUAACUUUGUGUUAUUUUGUGUAUACUUGCACUGUGUUUGUUGUCAGUCGUUCUCUGAACAAGAUUAAACUGUUAUAGUGUUUAAAAUUUGUUCAUUGCACAUGUCUAUAUUAUUUAUAGACAGAACUUAUUAUUUUAAUGUGACCAACAGCAGCAAUACAUGUAGAUUUCUUAUGAAAAUGAGUAAAAUAAUGACAUAGUAACUUGCA